GAUUGGGUAUUUAUAAUUAUAUAGAGAAUGACAGUAUAGAUCGACAAAAGGUGUCAUUGUACCCUGAAUGAUUAUUGUCCAUGAAGACGAGCAAUUACAUUGAAAUUAGCGUUUUUUUUUUGCAUUAUGUCGUUAAGUUUCCGUACUAACAAAAAAGGACACAGUUUUUAUCAGUGUUUUUAAAAGAAACUUUUUUUGUUUUAUUUUGGGCUUAACGCCGUUUUUCAACAGUAUUUCAGUUAUUUAACGGCGGGCAGUUAACCUAACCAGUGUUCCUGGAUUCUGUACCAGUACAAACCUACUGCCAAUUCAUUUACUCGUUAAGUCAUAUUCACGUAUUAAUUCGUGAAGCUCGUCAUAUAUGGUAAAGGAUAACAUUGCAUUCAAACCGAGUCUGCAAUUUUCACUGUUUGCCUUGUUCUCGGUGCUUCCGAGGGAUCUACUUUUUAGAUUUUAUACUGUAUCUACAACUUGUGAACACUUCUAGCAAAGGAAAGCGUGUUUAAAAUGAGGCAUGUACGCUCCGUUUUAUAUUUUUGUCUAAUUUUAGCAGUUGCUUUUGAACUUUCAUGUGGUCAAUUGCAAUGUAGUGAAAUAUGUGAAUGGAUCACGUGGUCUUCAUGGUCUGAAUGUAGCAACACAUGUGGAGGUGGCUAUAGAAACAGAUCGAGGGCAUUUUGCUGCGACUCGAGGCUAUCAAGUAAUAAAACAGCUUGUUUCGAAGAUUGUGGAAUUGACAUAACUUUCUUUAAUAAUGGAAUUACCGAAACAUCUAACUGCAGUGAGUUCUGCCACAAUGGUGGAUCAUAUUCACCAAGUGGCAAUGGUUGUCAGUGUCUUAACAGAACAUUUAGGUAUUGUUGUGAAGAAGUUUUACCAGGAUGUACCCCAUUACCAACUGACGUGAUCUUUGUGUUAGAUUCGUCCGUAAGUCAAACAGAAGAACAGUUUUCUGCGCAGCUUGAUUUUGUGAAAAUAUUUGUCGAAAACGUAAACAUUAGCGAGGAAGAAUUUCAAGUAGCAGUUGUUACAUUUUCAACAGAAGCAAGAGUAGAUAUAGACUUUGAACAAUCCUCUGAUAAGGAUACUCUAUAUCGCUUAAUUGAUGAAAUUGAAUUUCGGCCAGGAGUCACGUUUACAAAUAAAGGGUUAAAAGCGGCUGUUGAAGUUGCAAGAAAAAGUGAGAGGCGUACAGGCAUGGUAACCUUGACUUAUGCCUUUGUUCUAACCGAUGGUAUGUCAACUAGCAGAGCAGAAACAAGAAUCGCUGCCAAGGAACUAAGAGAGUUUGGUGUUCAUGUAAUUGCAAUAGGUAUUGGAAAAGAAGUUUCACAUCAAGAACUGGUCGACAUUGCUUCUCCGGGAGAUACAUUCAGUCCUUCUUACGUUUUCUCUGUUGGAGAUUUUAAUGCCCUGGAUACCUUACUGAAGCAGCUUGUGCAGAUAACAUGUGACGAUUGCAGUGCCAUCAGCCACCUCUCUGAUAUUGUGUUUCUUUUAGAUGAAAGUACUGAAAUGGGCGAGACCGAAUUUCAACUUUCUUUGGAUGUGAUGGGAUCUGUGGUAAAGAACACUGAUCAUAUUGGUGAACAUGAUGGUCCAGUGUUUGGUUUGGUUCAGCUUGGCAAUACAUUGCAGACAGCAAUAGAGCUUUCGGAUAACCAGAGUCAAGAUGCUCUAAUGGCACAAUUACAGCUACUAUACAGAAGACAAAAUGAGGUCUGUGAAAAAGAUGAGCUUUGCACUUGGAAAAAUAUCACGUCGGCAGUUGAUCAUAUAUUUAAGACUUUUUACAGCAUAAAUGAGCGACUGGGCUCUAGAAAAUUUCUCGUUGUACUUUCUAAUGGAAAGUUUGAAAAUCCUGACGUUGUCAAGGAAGAAAUGGCGGCACUCCAUAAUGUUUCAAAUGUAAAGUUAUUUGUAAUUGGUCCAGGUCUUGAUGUGAAUAUGGACGGACUGUUAUCAUUGGCUAAAGAAGCUAAUCACGUGUAUGUUACUGAUGAUAAUGAUGAUAUUUCAAAGCUUGAUGUCAUGCAGUCAGAAUUUUCAUACAACUUUUGUAUAAAACAAUGAAUUAAUAUGACCUACACUUAUCAUGUAUUAUGGUCAGGGUUGUUAAUAAUUACUUGCAAAAGUAAUGCAUUAAAUUAGCAUUACUUGGAAAAAGAUGGCAUUAAAUUAGCAUUAGCAUUACUCAUUUUUAUCAAAGUAAUGCAUUAAAUUAGCAUUACAUAGGGUGCAUUAGCAUUACCAUUACUUUUUGGAUCAUUGCAUGUUAUUAUCACAUACACUGUUUUUCAUUAAAUCAUUUUAGUUUACCAAGGUCUAGGUCGUCAUUGCUUCUCCGGGAGAUACAUUCAGUCCUUCUUACGUUUUCUCUGUUGGAGAUUUUAAUGCCCUGGAUACCUUACUGAAGCAGCUUGUGCAGAUAACAUGUGACAUGAAUAGUUAAAUACGUGUAUGACUUCCUUGUAUUAUAUCUGAUUUUUUUCUUUUACCAUUACUUUAUAAAAAAAAUAAUUAAAAAAAUAAAAAUACCUAAUGUUGGAAGUACAGCAUGCAUGAGCAUUUAAAUUGUUAGAGAAAGUCAAGUACCUGAUUAAUGGCUCCCUAACAGCCUAAUUUAACAUGACAUGUAAAAGCUAGCUGCCUUAAGGUCUUAAACAUCACUAUCAGUGGCAUACUGUUAAUUGAUAAAAAGGUGUCAAAAGAUAAUAGAUUCUGUUUGAUAUUUUGGGUGACAAAUCUAAUUAUGUCACACUUCUAUGGCUAUUAUAAAUAUGCACCUCGGAGUUGUCCAAGGUUUUAAAUGUAUUUUUUAAAAUCUUUCAGUUGUACAUUGAACAAAAGGCAAUUAUAUCAUCAGACAGUUUAUUGAAAUCAAACAAAAAUCUAUUAGAGAACUGCUGUAACCUGUAUAAAUAACAGCAUACAUGUGUAUUUUUUUUUCCAGUGAUACAAAAAAUAAUGCCUAAGUAAUGCUAAGCAUUAGCAUUAGCAUUACUUACUUUGGCAUUAAAUUAGCAUUAUUUUCAAUGCUAAAAUUGUGGCAUUAAUCAUUAUUUGGCAUUAUUUGAAAAAAAGUAAUGCAUUACUAAUGCAUUACCAUUAGCAUUAGCAUUACUACAACCCUGAUUAUGGUAGGGCAAAAUGCAUGGGUCGUAUAACAAAUUGUUAUAACCGAGCUUGGAAAAUGCAUUACAUUUUCAAAUUAAUAUAAGUUAAUUGAGUUGUACGUUGCCUUUAGACUGUUUAUAAUAAUUUACAGUAUGAGUCAGAUUGUCAAAAAUGUCUUUUAAAGCCAAUGUAAAGAGUUUUUGUAAAUAGGGUAAAUUCAUGAUACUUUCUUUUUUACAUAACGAAUAUAUCCGUAUGUCUACUUGACAUUCUGAAUUUGACUGAGUGCACAACUUUAAGCGAAAAUAAUGAGGGACUUUUUUGUUUUCUUUUUAUGUUGAAACGCGAAGCGGGGAAACCUAUUAUAACUGUAUUCUGGAGACUGCAAGAAAUCAAUACUGAAGCAGAUUAAUAAAAAGAAAAUAUAUUAGAUUAUACAUCUUUGAAAAGAUCACAUCGCAGGUUUUUUAAUGCCAUUGGUGUAUAUCUUUAGAAAAUCGAAAUAGAAACUAUGACGCACUGGCUGUUUAAAAUGGCAUUAUGCGCAUCUUACUGCACAUAGUGUGUUUUGGGGAAUGUUUUGUAAAAGCAAUUUUCGGUUGCUGUGCAUUUAAAUGUCUUAAAUUAACGAUAAUGCCGCAUAAGUAUUUGAAGUUGAUGCUUCAGAAAUAAAGAAAUCGGACUAACAAAAUAAUAGUUCUUUUUUCAAUCUUCUAUGCAGUGAUCUCCCUUACCUGUAGGUAGAGAUUUCUGAAGUUGAAGGGAAGCAACUCCUGCGUGCAGUUUGACUUCUUAAAAAGACUGCCCCAGUCAAAAUAAGAAAAGUCAUAUUUGGAAACUUACUAUUUCGUACUGGUAACAGGAAGAGUUUGGUAUAUUGUGUUAAAAGUUAUAAUUUCCUUCACCCUUUUUACACACACAUCUAUUUCAGCUGGAUUUUUACUUGAAAACAUAUGCAUAAUUCCACUUUAAAAAUAGCAUAAUCUAUAGAUUUUUAGCGUAAAGUAACAACUGUUAACUGUUUAUGUUGAAAGAGCAUAUAUGCUUUUAUCUGAAUGCAACUAAAUAUCUUCAGAAACCAUGUAUAAGUGAUCAUUGAAUCAAGAAAACAUCAAACAUCACCAAGCAGUGUACUUAAAGAACACACGCCGCAGCAGCAAGCGAAUUCGCCGCGAAAACCUCGCUAUUUUACAUGUACCUUCUUUCUUGAUUAUUUUACAUGCACCUGUAUUUAUUCAUAAGACAAAAUCAACUUUCAAAAUGUCAGCUAUACAUUUCAGCAAUAAUAAUUGAAAUUUACGUUUAACUAUUUAUCAAGUUGUUGUUGUACAAUUUUGGGUGGACAACGAUUUAUUAUAGACAGACACUAUUUAGGCGAUUAUCCGCCCAAAAUGGAUAGUUCGAUAUAUGUUCUUCUUGAAAAAUGUAAUAAGUUCUUCUUUUACUUAUGUCUAGCCGAUUAUAUACGGUUGCAAAAUUUUAAUCUGCUAGAUGUAGGGUAUGCCCCUUUAAUUUGAAUAAAAAGACAUGGAUCAUA